CGGGGCUGGCGCGGCCGCGGGCGGCCGGGCGAGUUCGCAGCGCGAGUCGGCUGGCGUCUGGGAGCCGAGCAGCUCCCGAGUGUUUGCAGCCCGCGCAGCUGCAGCCAGCGGACACCCAGCUUCUCAGGCCCCAGAGAGUGACGGGGAAGUCUCCCGCCGCCAGAGGGCGCUGUCCACCUUCCGCUCCGCCGGGGUUUCAGAAGAACUGUCCAGCCUCGGGGAGAUCUGGACUUGGGGAGACCCUUCUGAUGCCCCCGGCCCGCUGACUGUGGUCACGCCCAGGCCCCAGGCGUAGCCCUGAGCAGGUGUGAGAGGCGGUGACCGGAGGGCUCCCCGGGACUGGGACACUUCCGGGCCGGACAGCCGGGCCCAGCGACCUGCCACCAUGUCCACCAAGGUGCCCAUCUACCUGAAGCGCGGCAGCCGCAAGGGCAAGAAGGAGAAGCUGCGGGACCUGCUGUCCUCAGACAUGAUCAGCCCCCCGCUGGGGGACUUCCGCCACACCAUCCACAUCGGCAGCGGCGGGGACGGCGACAUGUUCGGAGACAUCUCCUUCCUGCAGGGCAAGCUGCACCUGCUGCCCGGGACGGCGCCCGACGGGGCCGACGAGGACGCCCUCGAGCUCCCCUUCCAGUUCACGCGCACGGCCACGCUGUGCACGCGGGAGCUGCCCACCGGGCCGUCGCCGCUGCUCAAGAACGCCAUCUCCCUCCCCGUCAUCGGGGGGCCCCAGGCCCUCACCCUGCCCCCGACGCAGGCCCCGCCGAAGCCCCCGCGCCUGCACCUGGAGACCCCGCAGCCCUCGCCGCAGGAGGCGGCCAGCGUGGACAUCUGGAGAAUGCCGGAGGCCGGCUCGGCCCACAACGGGCUGAGCCCCGACUCGGAGUCCGAGGAGCCCUUCCUGUCGCACGCCAGCUCCUUGCUCUCGCUGCACGUGGAUCUGGGCCCCUCCAUCCUGGAUGACGUCCUCCAGAUCAUGGACCAGGACCUGGACCACACGCAGCUCCCCACCUAGGACCCAGGGCGGGCCAGGAGGGUGCCCAGUUGAGCUGAACUCCUGCCGUUUCUCACUAGGAGCCUUUGUUCGCCUCCUUGCACCCUCCUCUGCCAGCAGGGGGCGCCUUCGGGCUCCCCCCAAGUGACACCAGGACAUUUGCUCAAUUCAGUGACAAGGACCACCUGGACCGCCGACAUCAACAGCCCCUUCCUUCCCUCAGAACCUUGGAUGUAAGCUCUGCUCAGAGGCCCCAUUUUUAUUCCCCUUCAGCCUGGUUGGAUGCCCUGAUUUUGGGGGGAGGGGAGAGUCGGGGCACAGACUCAGUCUCUCUGCCUCAGCCCCCAGCAGGGAGCUCUGGCUGCAAUAAAACUCGCUGCUGCUGCUGGUA